AGGAUUGGUGUACGAGUUAUUGGUCCGUGUGCAGUUUCUUGAGCUGGCACCCAAUGGAGAAUAUAGUCCAUGUUUCGUGAAACAUUGCCACGGUAAUCUUAAAGCUGGCAUCGUCUUACUCCAUCAGGGAAUUCAGCGAAGGAUUUUAGUUACAAUUCUCCAUGAUAAUUACCCAGAAAUUAGAUGGAAGGGCGUUGCAGAAAUAUGGCUAGGAAAUAUCCUUCCAUUGUCUUUAUGUGAAUCAGACGGAACCUACCAGAUGACGUCAUCUGGAGACAACCAAUGGCUACCACUCGCUCCAGGCCCUGUCAGUCUUUCUUAUCCCGUCGAGUCAAUUUCUUUUUUCAAAUUUGAAAUUCCCUGGGACUCGUCCUUGCAUAACUCUAAGCACCUAGACAGAGUGACAUAUCCCGGUGAUUUGAUCUCAAUUCAACUCUACGUUACCCUUCAGCUUGAAGGCUUUGAACAAGCUGUCUCUCUUCAAAAGGAACUCCUUGUGGCGAUCUACAACAGGGCAUCGAAAACGACGCCUUCAAGAUCAAUUUGGAGUCAGCUAUUUUCUAACAAAACUCCGGAUAAUCCUGAUAUGAAUCAGUGCAGUGGUGUUUAUGAAUUACUAAUUACUCCAAUCAGGAAUAAUGAAGAAGAGGAGAACGCUGCCGCGGCGUACGUUCGGGGUGAGGAAAAUAUUAAAGAUUGGCGGCCAAGAAGCUCUUCGUUAAUUGAGGAACAUUUCAAGAAACAAAAUAAACUACUUUAUAUUCAAGAGGUUCAAAAGAAUUCUAACUAA